GGCCGCGGGCGGAGCAUGUGGGACCCGCGCGCGUUCGAGCGGCUGUGGCGGGCCCAGUUCCCCGGGGCGGAGGCGCCGGCGCUGCGGCUGGAGACGGCGCGGGACGUGGAGCGGGAGCUGGAGCGCUGCAGCCUCAACCUGGCGCGGCUGCAACAGGUGCUGGCCCAGGAGCGCUUCAAGGCCUCGCACCUGCGCGCGCUGCUGGCCGCGGAGGGGCCCGCGGCGGCCGGAGACCCCCGGGACCCUGAGGCCGCAGUCCCCCGCGCGGGAAGGAGCUGGGCCGCCGCCGUCCACCAGCAGCUGCUGCAGCCACCGCUGCGGUUCCGCGCCCGGGAGGACGAGGCGGGCGCCGGUGGCGACUCGGAGACGCUGGAUCCGAACGAGGAGUUCGCGCUCGGCCCCUGGCUGACUGCCCCUUGCCGGUUCCGGGUGCGGGGGGACGAGGCGGAGGAGAGGCCGGGGCGCGAGAGCAGCCCCCACCGCGGGACGCCCCCGACCCCACGGGCGCCGAGACCCCCGCGCGGGAGCCCCGACCUAGAGCAGCUGGAGGCCGAGGCGGAGGAGCCCCCCAGGCGCGGGGCCCGCGACCACCUGCCCCCGUGGAGACGCCGCAGGUUCCUGCGGGCGCCCGAGCGGGACUCGCCCGCCCACAGCUCGCCGGAGAGGGACAGCGACGGCAGCCACCACAGCUCCGACCGCGAGGACCGCUUCUCCGCAGACUUCAGCUACGCCGCGGACGACUACGACGCCGAGGGGCAUGAGGAGCAGAAGGGGCCCCCCGAGGGCUCGGAGGCCAUGCCCUACAUCGACGAGUCGCCCACCAUGUCCCCGCAGCUCAGCGCCCGCAGCCAGGCCGGCGGCGACCGCGUCUCCCCGACUCCGCCCGAGGGGCUGGCUCCUGGGGUGGAAGCAGGGAAGGGCCUGGAGAUGAGGAAGCUGGUUCUCUCGGGGUUCCUGGCCAGCGAAGAGAUCUACAUUAACCAGCUGGAAGCCCUGUUGCUGCCCAUGAAACCCCUGAAGGCCACGGCCACCACCUCCCAGCCCGUGCUCACCAUCCAGCAGAUCGAGACCAUCUUCUACAAGAUCCAGGACAUCUACGAGAUCCACAAGGAGUUCUACGACAGCCUGUGCCCCAAGGUGCAGCAGUGGGACAGCCAGGUCACCAUGGGCCACCUCUUCCAGAAGCUGGCCAGCCAGCUUGGUGUGUACAAAGCGUUUGUGGAUAACUACAAAGUCGCUCUGGAGACAGCUGAGAAGUGCAGCCAGUCCAACAACCAGUUCCAGAAGAUCUCAGAGGAGCUCAAGGUGAAAGGUCCCAAGGACUCGAAGGACAGCCACACCUCGGUCACCAUGGAAGCUCUGCUCUACAAGCCCAUUGACCGUGUCACCCGGAGCACCCUUGUCCUACACGAUCUGCUGAAGCACACGCCCGUGGACCACCCCGACUACCCGCUGCUGCAGGAUGCCCUUCGAAUCUCCCAGAACUUCCUGUCCAGCAUCAACGAGGACAUCGACCCCCGCCGGACUGCAGUCACCACCCCCAAGGGGGAGACGCGGCAGCUGGUGAAGGAUGGCUUCCUGGUGGAAGUGUCAGAGAGCUCCCGGAAGCUGCGGCACGUGUUCCUCUUCACGGAUGUCCUACUGUGUGCCAAGCUGAAGAAGACCUCUGCAGGGAAGCACCAGCAGUAUGACUGCAAGUGGUACAUUCCCCUGGCCGACCUGGUGUUUCCGUCCCCCGAGGAGUCUGAGGCCAGCCCCCAGGUGCAGCCCUUCCCAGACCAUGAGCUGGAGGACAUGAAGAUGAAGAUCUCCACCCUCAAGAGUGAAAUCCAGAAGGAGAAAGCCAACAAAGGCCAGAGCCGGGCCAUCGAGCGCCUAAAGAAGAAGAUGUUUGAGAACGAAUUCCUGCUGCUGCUCAACUCCCCCACAAUCCCCUUCAGGAUCCACAAUCGCAAUGGAAAGAGUUACCUGUUCCUGCUGUCAUCGGACUACGAGAGGUCGGAGUGGAGAGAAGCGAUUCAGAAACUGCAGAAGAAGGAUCUCCAGGCCUUUGUCCUGAGCUCAGUGGAACUCCAGGUGCUCACGGGAUCCUGUUUCAAGCUUAGGACUGUACACAACAUUCCUGUCACCAGCAAUAAAGACGACGACGAGUCUCCGGGACUCUACGGCUUCCUUCACGUCAUCGUCCACUCCGCCAAGGGAUUCAAGCAAUCAGCCAACCUGUACUGUACCCUGGAGGUGGAUUCCUUCGGCUAUUUUGUCAGCAAAGCCAAAACCAGGGUGUUCCGGGACACAGCAGAGCCCAAGUGGGAUGAGGAGUUUGAGAUCGAGCUGGAGGGGUCUCAGUCCCUGAGGAUCCUGUGCUAUGAGAAGUGCUAUGACAAGAGCAAGGUCAACAAGGACAACAACGAGAUCGUGGACAAGAUCAUGGGCAAGGGGCAGAUCCAGCUGGACCCACAAACUGUGGAGACCAAGAACUGGCACACGGACGUGAUUGAGAUGAACGGGAUCAAAGUGGAAUUCUCCAUGAAAUUCACCAGCCGGGAUAUGAGCCUGAAGAGGACCCCGUCCAAGAAGCAGACGGGUGUCUUUGGCGUGAAGAUCAGCGUGGUGACUAAGCGGGAGCGCUCCAAGGUCCCCUACAUCGUCCGGCAGUGUGUGGAGGAGGUGGAGAAGAGGGGCAUCGAGGAGGUUGGCAUUUACCGGAUAUCGGGUGUGGCCACGGACAUCCAGGCCCUGAAGGCCGUCUUUGAUGCCAAUAACAAGGAUAUCCUGCUCAUGCUCAGUGACAUGGACAUCAACGCCAUCGCCGGCACACUCAAGCUCUACUUCCGGGAACUGCCCGAGCCCCUCCUCACGGACCGACUGUACCCAGCCUUCAUGGAGGGCAUCGCCCUGUCCGACCCUGCUGCCAAGGAAAACUGCAUGAUGCACCUGCUGCGCUCCCUGCCCGACCCCAACCUCAUCACCUUCCUCUUCCUGCUGGAACACUUGAAAAGGGUUGCCGACAAGGAGCCCGUCAACAAAAUGUCGCUUCACAACCUGGCUACUGUGUUUGGACCCACGUUACUGAGGCCCUCGGAAGUGGAGAGCAAAGCACACCUCACCUCGGCGGCGGACAUCUGGUCCCACGAUGUCAUGGCACAGGUCCAGGUCCUCCUCUACUACCUGCAGCACCCCCCCAUCUCCUUCGCAGAACUCAAGCGGAACACACUGUACUUCUCCACUGACGUGUAGCCCAAGGCAGGGCGGCCGUGGGGCGGCUGAGCCAGCCCCUCCAGCCCGGGCCCAACUCAGACUUGAAGGACUGCAAUAGAAAACUCCCACACCCA